GGGAGACUUAGGUGGAGGCCGCGCCCGGAGGGGAGGAGUCGGGCCAGCCCCGCUGCUGGGCUCGGCCGGGCCGCACAAGUCCCCCCAGAAUCGAGCUGGCUCUUCCUCACACCCCAGGGCAGUGCCCCUUUUCUGACUGACCCCGCAUCGCGAGCAAACGCCAGCUUCGUGACGUCACAGCUCUGCCCAUCCCCUCAGCUUGAUGACACCUGGAGCCCCAUCUCUCCGCUUCACUUCGCGCGCCCUUAGUGUCCCAUUCACGUAGUCCAUGGCUGAGCGCCGGCGGCACUGCACGGAAACUGCCAAGCUAGAAGACUUGCUGCGGGAAAACUCCUAGGACUUUUUUCGCAAACUCUAGGGUGUUGGGAAGCGUCACAAUCACUGCCCCCAAGUCUAAUCGGCCAUUCCACUGCACUGUCAGACGCUGCCCUUUUAAGAACCCAGCAGUGAUGUGGAGGUGGAGACCCACAGGAGCCCCGGACUUCACCUGAGCUACCUCAGUGGUCACCAAGAGUGGCAAGAUAAAGAAAACCCUGAGUUGGGCGGGACCAGGAUGCCUGAUCGGGACAGCUAUGCCAACGGCACCGGGAGCAGCGGUGGAGGCCCUGGAGGUGGUGGCAGCGAGGAGGCCAGUGGGGCAGGAGCAGGCAGUGGCGCGGCCAGCUCAGAUGCCAUCUGUAGAGACUUCUUGAGGAAUGUGUGCAAGCGAGGCAAGCGUUGCCGAUAUCGCCACCCAGACAUGAGCGAGGUGUCCAACUUGGGGGUGAGCAAAAAUGAGUUCAUCUUCUGCCAUGACUUCCAGAACAAGGAGUGUAGCCGCCCAAACUGCCGUUUCAUCCAUGGCUCCAAGGAGGAUGAGGACGGCUACAAGAAGACCGGAGAGCUUCCCCCACGGCUGAGGCAGAAAGUAGCAGCUGGCCUUGGCCUUUCACCAGCUGACUUACCAAAUGGCAAGGAGGAAGUCCCUAUCUGCCGUGACUUUCUCAAGGGGGACUGUCAGAGAGGAGCUAAGUGCAAGUUCCGUCACCUGCAACGGGAUUUUGAGUUUGAUGCUCGGGGUGGCGGAGGCACUGGUGGGGGAUCAACAGGCUCAGUACCCCCAGGACGACGUCAUGAUCUCUAUGAUAUCUAUGACCUUCCUGACAGGGGCUUUGAGGACCAUGAGCCAGGCCCAAAACGCCGGCGAGGUGGAUGCUGCCCCCCUGAUGGUCCUCAUUUUGAGUCAUAUGAAUAUAGCUUGGUUCCACCGCGAGGGGUAGAGUGCAGACUGCUAGAGGAGGAGAAUGCCAUGCUCAGGAAGCGGGUAGAGGAACUAAAGAAGCAGGUCAGUAACCUGCUGGCCACCAAUGAGGUAUUACUGGAACAAAAUGCUCAGUUCCGCAAUCAGGCUAAGGUCAUAACCCUGAGCUCCACUGCACCAGCGACUGAGCAGACUCUGGCCCCCACUGUGGGCACUGUCGCCACUUUUAACCAUGGCAUUGCCCAGACUCACACGACUCUCAGCAGCCAGGCUCUACAGCCUCGUCCAGUGUCCCAGCAAGAACUGGUGGCCCCUGCUGGAGCUCCAGCUGCUCCCCCAACUAAUGCUGCACCUCCUGCUGCUCCACCACCCCCACCCCCACACUUGAACCCAGAGAUCACACCACUGUCAGCUGCCCUGGCUCAAACAAUUGCCCAGGGAAUGGCCCCCCCACCUGUCUCCAUGGCUCCUGUGGCUGUAUCUGUGGCUCCUGUGGCCCCUGUGGCUGUAUCGAUGGCCCAACCCUUGGCAGGAAUCACAAUGAGCCACACCACCACUCCCAUGGUGACCUACCCUAUCGCUUCCCAGAGCAUGCGCAUCACGGCCAUGCCACACUGAUGGGGCUAAUGGACACUCCCCUGGUAUAGCCUCCAUGGCUGGGGUCGAGGGGCCCUUGCCCACUCGCCUAGCCCUCCCCAGCCCUGUCCAAAGGGCUCCCUUGAGAACUAGGACAAGAGACUACAAGGAGUAGUCCUGAGGAGGGGUUGGGUUGGUGUGUUUUCUCUCACCUCCCUUUUAUGAGGGUCCUCUUGUCCAUCUUCAAGCCUCACAGUGGGGGCUUGCAGAGAAGUGCAGACUGAAGCCAGCAGAGAGGAAGGACUGACUGAGGGCCUGUGUCCUCUUACGGGAAUUUGGGAACAUCCCUCGUCUUGUCCUCUCUUCUACACAGCACAGGUUCCAGCACUGGUUUUGGAAGAAAAACAUAUCCUGCCCAGAGGGAAAGCCAGGAAAGAUUGAGAAGAGUGGGUGGUCAGGAGAGAAGGCCUGAUAGGAGCCUUCAGACAAUUUGGGUCCUAGUUGGUUGGGUUGGAUGAUACAGGAGUUGCUUCUGGGCCCUGGGAAUGCUGGGACCAUAGUGCUCCAGCCCAAAGACUAGGGGAGCAUUCAUUACCCUAGCUUGACCUGAAAAUCCAUAGGGCAGGGCCCACUACUUUCCAAAGAAAUAAAAGAACAAUUAUUUUUAACAAAUGGAGGCAGUGAAAACUUGCUUAGAUAUUCUGUGUGGAAAAUGGGAGCAGUAAAUAGGUGCCAAAAUGGGAUAAAGGCCCUAACCUCACAUAGCUUGGGUAAGAUGGAUAGAGGCCAAUGAAGAAGGGUAGGGACCCAGAACAAGACCAAAUGGGGUUUUGGGGAAGGCACUUUGUUGGGUAGAAGCUUUGGAGCCACCUAGUCUAGUUUAAAAAUAGUCCCAUCUGUUUCUGAUCUCUGUAUGUGCUAUUCCCAGGUUGCCUUAGUAACCAGGGCUCCUAGGGUCAUUUAGUGAGGCAGGCAGUAAGGAGGGUGUAUAUGCUGAAAAAUGGGGAUGGGAUGUUACACAGUUGAAAGAUCCUUAUUCAAACAGAGCAGGACAGGUGGAAGUUGUCUCUGAGUUGAUGGCAGUUAAUGCCCCUCCUAACCCAGCCCUUCCUCAGUGGCCAGUUCCUUAAGCCUUUAAGGCUUGGGAAGUCUGGGAAACGGGAGUCCUUCUAGGGACACAAGCCUCAGGGUUUAUCCCUUUCCUCUGUCUCCACCUAGGACCAGAUGUUUUAAAUCUACUUAAGUCAGUAAGGCCAGGGGCCCCAAUAGCCAAACCUCAGUUCCUUCUCAGCUCAUGGCUGAUGUAGGGAAAACAACUCAGGUGUCUAGUCUAAUGGGACAGUAGAUUUGGGGGUAGAGAGUGAUCCUGGAUUGUGUUCCCCUGCAUCGUAUCUCCUGCUACCUCUUGCUCUCUUUUCUGGUUGAUCACUCAGGUCAUGUGGGAUUGGAGAUGGUGGGCUAGGUCAAAGGUAGUCAUUAAAAAAAAGCCUAACAACUAAAAGUGAGCAAACAUUGUGGGUUUUAGAAACAACACAUUGAUAAGUUUAAUGUUGUUUUCGGCACGGUUUUUUUUUCUUAACAGAUUUUUAAGUGCACAUCUGGCACAACUCUAAACAUUUUUUUUUUUUUUUUUUUGAGAUGGAAUCUCGCACUGUUGCCCAGGCUGGUGUGCAGUGGCGCCAAUCUUGGCACACUGCAAUCUCUGCCUCCUGGGUUCAAGCGAUUCUCCUGCUUCAGCCUCCUGAGUAGCUGGGAUUUCAGGUGCCUGCUACCAUGCCCUAAUUUUCUAUAUUUUUAGUAGUGAUGGGGUUUCACUGUGUUGGCCAGGCUGGUCUCAAACUCCUGACAUCGUGAUCCGCCCACAUCGGGCUCCUAAAGUGCUGGGAUUACAGGCGUGAACCACUGCACCCGGCAAUUCUAGACUAUUAAAAGAGAUGGCUUACAAGCGUUUAAAGAAGAAUGUAACCAUAGAUACCAACAUGAAUUCUCAGUCAAAUCAUGACUGACUUUAUUUCCUCCUUGCCAAGUUAUCUCCAAAGAGGUAGAUUGGGAAACUUUAGACAUUGUAUGUCUUAUAUGUAUUUAUUCCAGCUAAAGACCACCAAGAAUACACCUGGUAAUUGAACAAGUUUGGUUUAAUGUUCAUUGCAGUGAGGGAGAGGGCACACCAUUGGGAAUUUGUGGUGUGUCUCAGUGAGAGGGUAUUAGGAAGGACUUGGAAGACUUAGACGUUGGUUAAUUGAUUUGGGGGAAGAUUCAAGAAAGUGGAUGUUCUUUUGGAUUGGGUGCUGUUAAGGGAAGCAAGGAUAAUUCUGUGAUUGGGUAGCUUGUCUAGAAGAAGGGCAGACAAGUGGACCUAAGCUGCAAUUGAUGAUGAAGUCACUAGCUGGGAAAGGGGAUGUUUGCUGUUUUGUAGUUUGCACACAGACCUUGUUUUGUGCUUAAACAAAAUUGUGAAGUGAUGUUGCUUUUUGUCUCACUUCAUCACAGUCACCGAGUGACCUUGUCCAAUGCUGGUGUUUUGUGAGAUUGUUUGCAUCUAAGAGAACACAUCGGCUACCUGUGAGCACCAGGUCAGCCCUAACAGCUCUGAAGCCUGGCUGUGUCAGACCAGUUCCCAGAUUACAGGAGCUGCUUUCCUCUCUCUCACCUGCUAAGUCAUCACAGAUAAGAAGAAAAUUAUGGGUCAGUUAGUAGUAGCAUUUUUUCCAUUCAAAUGGCUCUGGUUAAAAAAUAAGAAAAAAAAUAGUAGCAUUUGGUGGAAUCAAACUGAACACUUGUACUUAGUGUUGGUUAGUGCAUUUAUGUUAGAGAAGUCUCUGUUCUCUAGUGAUGUGCCCAAGGGUUAUGUUUUAUUAUAAAAAGAAAACACCCAACUUGGAUAAACAUAUAAAAAGCCCAUUUAUCAACAGUAACACAGGAAGAGCUAAAUUAUAUUCAAAAUGCCUGU